AAUCAGUUUGAAUCAGUCGGAGCUGGCUAGUUUGUGUGAUCAUAACUAAUCGAUAUGUUGAUAGCGGUAGUCCUAUUUGUAGCGUUGUUUCUGGAUCAAAAUGUAGCGCAAAAUCCAUGUGUGGUUAAAUUUGACUCCACCAGCUAUGGAGUGGGAGUUUCUAAUGAGACCUUCACGAAGGUCCCGUAUUGUGUCUAUUUAGGCGUUCGCUAUGCGGAAGCCCCCAUAGGAUCACUAAGAUUUAAGAACCCGAUCCUCCACAACACAACGGGUCCGCAGAACUUCACAAAGCCAGGAAAUAUGUGUCCACAAAGAAUCGACAUGAACAAAGCAGUGGACAUAAUCGGGGAAGAGGACUGCCUGUUUUUGAAUAUCUACUCACCGUUUGUCGCCGGGAAUGGAAGCAGUGGUGACGUAAAAUAUCCGGUUUUGGUGUUUGUUCACGGUGGAACUUUUAUGGCAGGAUCUGCUCUCACGGACGUUGAGUACGGAGUCGAUCUACUGAUAGAUAGCGGUGUUUUGAUAGUCAGCAUCAAUUAUCGGCUCUACACGUUAGGAUUCCUUCGAUAUCCCGCACUGAACAUCACCGGAAACUUCGGGUUGAAAGAUCAGAGGACAGCUUUGCAGUGGAUUCAAAAAAACAUCAAAUUAUUUGGUGGUGAUCCCAAGCGGGUUACUCUGAUGGGUCAAAGCGCUGGCGCCGGUUCUGUUACCCUGCACCAGUACGCUGAGAGUACUCAGGGACUCUUUCAUCAAAUAAUUGCUCUGGGAGGUUCCAUGAUAGCACCAUGGGCAAUCUACCGCCAUCCGAAAACACUUGCUGAUGAGCUAUCGUCGAGAUUCAAUGUAACCACAAUUGAACAGCUUCAAGCGAUGAACUUCAAACAGUUCAUGUUCACGGAUGGAUUCGACACGUUCGGAUUUUUCAACAUGUUCUAUCCGGGUUUCAUUCCAACGGUGGAGACUGAUGACGACCCGGAACCAUUCAUAACUACCUCACCCCAUGCGUUAGUUCUAACCAAACCAAUCAACGAAGUUCCCAUCAUGAUCGAACACACGGCCACGGAGUUUGAGCUUCUUCUGCACUACGCCGACUUUUACUUUAUGGGAAACAAUUUUCCCAACAACGAUAACAAAGAACAGCUCAAAAACGUCACAAAACUGUUAAUAACUAAAGUUAGAACCUUGAGGGAUCCUAAUUUCUUCCGCAAGCUAGCAAACAUGGCCAACUUGAUUUACCCUAUCAAGCGCUUGCUGAGACACUUAGCGGAGCAGCUGGAUACGACUCCAGUCUAUUAUCUUCGGUUUGAGUUCGACGGUCGCUUCGGUUACUACAAGAACGAAUACUACAAGAACAAAACCAGUGGCAGUCGUUACGGAGCGGUUCACGGUGACGAUCUGGGCUAUAUUUUCUCUCCGUACAUUUUGAAGGAUGCCCUAGCCAAUAGGAGCGAGUAUCGGACGGAAUGGAAAGUGCACGAAAGAACGGUUGAGUUGGUAGCGAAUUUCGUGAAAUAUGGAAAUCCCACUCCGAAAAAGAGCAAACUCUCCAACAUACUGUGGCCUGCGUACAACGAGAAUUUCACUCAUCCGCAGUUUUUGAACAUUGAUGAAUCGUUUGAGGUACGAACGGAUAACAACACAGAGGAUGCGUUCUUUCAAUUCUGGGAGCUAAUUUAUCAGUGUUUGUAUUACUAUGAGUGCGACUUGGAGGAACUUGAGGUGGAAAAAGCCAACGUUUCAAAGUUCGAUGUCACCCAGCGACCGAUAGAUAUAACGACGACCGAUGUUAGUGACAACAUUUUAGUAGAUUUUGAGUAAGUAGUGUUAGAAAUGUAUUCCCUGAAAAUCUACUCAUUAGUAAUUAAAGUUUUUAAAGGGUAGUUUGACUGUUAAAAAUAUUCAAAUAGUUUGAGUUAGUGAGUGCUUGCUAGAAAAAUUCGUGUUCACUAGAUAAGAAUUUAUUAUUAAACUAUUUUAAAAAUACUUCAUAUAUCAUGUUCGCUUUUUACUUUUCUAAUAAAAAAGCCAACGCAAUAACUCAAAAAG